UGUAAACUGUAACAUUCAUGUGUUUCAUUAGCAACUGAUAUUGUGAUUUUAAUUAACGCACUUCGUUGUCAUCGCUUCGAGUUGUCUGACGUUCUAGUUGCUCUCACAACAAAAUGUAUCUUAAACGUGUGCAGUACAUCGGGGCUCUGCAGGUAUUGCUGCUUAUAGUUGGGUGUCAUGGGGAAAUUCCACUGUUCUUUCCAGCAUCAUCAGUGCUGCAAGUAACCUCGUCGUUGUCGGUGCCAGUGGUAAUACCCCAACGGAAACUAUUCUGGGAUUGGGGACUGCAGAUGAACUACAAUUUGCCCGCGCAGCCAUCUAGCUUUUAUGCGGCAUCCAUUUGGCCAGAUGAGUUCGAGCGUCGCCACAAACGUCAAUUGAGGAACGAAACACAGAAGUAUAUGCCUACUAACGGACUAACGAAUAUGCAUCCCAAUGACCUUACGGCGGGGGAGCUCUAUGAGAGCAUUGAAAAUAUGCUGACGCGGUAUGGCAUCGAUGAGUCCUGUCUGUUGCAAAGUGUGUGCGAAUUGGCCCGACAUCCCUUCGAUGAUGGACACCAAAACAUGCUAACAGCAUUGUUGACCUUUACGUUAACGCCAUCUCUGCAUGAGGCCUUUGCACCCAGUGAGACUGUGUAUCGUGAAAUCUAUGAGGAGGCAGAGCAACAGGGAUUUCUGGGCGCAAAUUGCGCAAAACUGUAUAGAGAGUGUCCAGUGGACAUUCUGGGCGGCAUCAGCAAACUAAUCAGCUAAAAUAAAGUGCUUAAAGACUUUCCAAUUUGCAAUUAUAUUAACUGUGGCGCAUGGGCCACCAAUCAAUGCUUAAGUCCUUGACGCCUAAUGAGCUUAGCUUCUGGUCAUUGAAGACAAUACAGUAAAUAACUUGGUGCCAACUAAUGUAUGUGAUUUUAGCUUAAUGGCCAGCAAAAAAUUUGCAUGAAUAUUCUAUUGGAUUUCACUUCAUGACAUGCACAUUGUUCAUAAAGCACUCAAAGUAUUGUAACAAGUAAUUAAUGGAAGAAUUUUAUUACUUCAUGGCAAACCACUUAACAGAUUAACAUGGUGGGAUUUCAAGCUAAGACAGAGACUAGCAUUGCUUCC